AUGUUCCAGCCGGGGGCGACGGCGGCCAAGCGCUGCUUCACCAUCGAGUCCCUGGUGGGCAAGGACAGCCACCCUCUAGGCGAAGAACCCCUCCGGCCGGCCGCCGCCGCCUCCCUCGGCUACCCGGCCAGCGCCGCCGUCGAGGCCUUUGCACACGGCUUCCAGGGCUCGGCAGCCGCCGCCGGGCGCUCUCUCUACAGCAGCCCGGAGCUGCUCUUCCCUGAGGCCGUGAGCCACCCGCAAGCCCUGGCUGUCCACCCGCCCCAGCUGGCCACCUCGCACCUCCCGCCCUCGCCGCACCCCUUCUUCGGCGCCCAGCCCCGCGACCCGCUCAACUUCUACCCGUGGGUGCUCCGCAACCGCUUCUUCGGGCAUCGCUUCCAAGGUGGCGAAGUGUCCCAGGAGAGCCUGCUCUUACACGGCCCCUUUGCCAGGAAGCCCAAGAGGAUCCGCACGGCCUUCUCACCCUCGCAGCUCCUGCGACUGGAGCGGGCCUUUGAGAAGAACCACUAUGUGGUGGGGGCAGAACGCAAGCAGCUGGCCAGCAGCCUCAGCCUCUCAGAGACCCAGGUGAAGGUCUGGUUCCAGAACAGGAGGACUAAAUACAAGAGGCAGAAGUUGGAAGAGGAAGGCCCAGAGUCGGACCAGAAGAAGAAGGGCUCCCACCACAUCAACCGAUGGCGGAUCGCCACCAAGCAAUCCAAUGGAGAAGACAUUGACGUCACGUCCAACGACUAG